UUCCUCUAGUUUCUUGUAGUACUAACAUAAACAUAAAUCUGCAGUUGAGGCUAUGGUAAAAUUGUUCCUCAGAGUUUGAAAAUGAAAAUUCAACCCUAAACCAUUCUUAAAAAGGGUGUCGAAUUAGUCUUUCGAUACAAAAUCUAUGCAUGUAUGGAAGGAUUAAAAUGUUAACUUUUCCAUAAUGUUGAAGGAUCUAAUCAGGGAAUGUUGAUGGACGAAUUUGUCAAUUUUCAAUGGCAAGGGGCUACUUUGUCCUACAAACAUGAGAUUGGAGUCCUAAUCGUAACUGAGAAGCACUGAAGCGUCUAACGCAUGCAACGAAGUCCCUAGUGGCUCGCCGCCAACAGCCCCUUCUUUCUUUCUCCUUUAACUCUUCAGUACUUUACCCUAAUUCUAGCUUUUUGCUGCCGCAGCACCACCGCACAGUCGUGAUCUCGUUGUUCGAUCAGAGAGAGUGAUGGCGGAAUUGGAUGCAGCUGAGCGAAAAAAACGAAAAACGGAGCAGGUUGAAAUGGCGGAGGAAGCAUGCCUUUGCCUUGUUACUUAUGAAGAGUUGUUCGUGAUCAAACUAAGCAAUUUAAAGAAACAAGACGAUGAUGUCAAAGAUUGGACUUAUUUGCUUCCGCCACCAAAGAUCGAGUUCUCUUUGCAACUUCCAGAGCGUGAUUUGUGUCCUUUCGAGUUCGACUCCAAGAUCUAUAUGGCGCCGUCCGCAGCACCGCGUCAGAAUCUCACAAAGAAACCCGGCUGCUGGCGAAUCUACGAAUUCAAAUUUGAGGAGCGCAGAAUUGAGCUUGCGGAAUCACUGGAUGGUGUACCCGCCCCUCUUUGCUGGUCAUUCAUCGCAAACACGCCAGUCUCAGGCCAUGUUUACUUCUAUAUAAAUCCACGGUUCAUAGAUUCUGGAUUUUACGUUCUUUGUCCCGGUUCUAGAGUUUGGAAACCGUUAAACCCUCCUCCGGACUACAGCCAAAGAGGUACCGACUUAGUCAUGUUCGUCCUCCACAACACCGUCUUUCUUUCAUCGUUCACGGGGAGGGGGAUAGACUCCUAUUUGGCCCACUUCGACCCCAUAAAAGAGACUUGGACAGUUGAACCCGACUCUGAUAACAAUCUUUCGAAAUUCAUAAAUGAUAGAUACAAUCGUGGCCUUGAAACUGGCUCCUAUCGUGCUACUUAUCCCCCACAAAUCUCUGUGCCCCUUCUGGGUCUUGGCAGCAGCAACAACUACACCGUUUGCCUUACCGAUGAUAAGUAUUUGGGGGGAUUUCCUCUUAACACACCUUUGGAGAAGGUGUUUGCCAUUUUGGUUAACCACCAGAAUGGCCGCGUCGCAUUAUAUCAAUGCCUUGAUGUGUUUUUUGAGGGUUUUCAACCCUGGAUAACAGAUAUGGCCAGAGUCAAUCUUGUUGACCUUGGCAACGGGAAGGUGUGUGCAAUACUAUCUGCAGAUCUAUUGGAUUCUGGAUCUAAAUCAUUGGCGCUCUGCUUCUCAGUUUUCACACUGUCCCUGUUGGAGGACUUUGCAGCAUUGCAACUUGACAGUGGGGCUCCUCCCAUGGAGCGAGAUUUCUUAAAAGUGACUGUCCAUAGGAAGUGUGUCUACAUCAUGAAGAACUGGAACCCUGCUAAUUAUAUGCGCCACGCCUUUGUUUGGCCAUCUUCUAAGGGUGGAAGAUUUUACCAUAAAACAUUACGUGUACUAUAGUAACUUUUCUUGUUAUUUCCUGUGGCUUUUUAUAGUAGGAUUUGUACCAUGUCCUUGAUUGAUUGUGG